AUGCCUCACGUCGACAUCUUGUUCAACCAGUUGCAAAAGAGAAAAACCGAGCCAGCGCAAGUUAAAACGGCUAUCGAUAAUUUUGAAAAAUGUAUUGUCGAUGUGAGAAAUAAAAUUGAUGACAUAAUAAAUGAAGUCAAAAGUAUUUGCACUGAACCCCAAGGCAACAAAAGGAGACGACGUAAUAAUAGCAGUCACUAUCACCGAGUUGCCGCAUUAGAAGUAUACGACAAUAUAGUGAAUUCUGCAAAUGAUAUAUUUCUAGUCAAAGAUUUGGUAGCCGCAUUCCUUUUUUUCCCCGAAAACUUUGGAGAAUACUGUGGUAAGUUUCCUGAUGACAAGUUGGAAACUACCUGCUUGGCUUAUCCCGAAUCAGAAAAAAGUUGUUUAAAGACAUAG